GUUGUUUUGGUCGUAGCGUGGCGCUCGAAUGUGUGAGGAGAAGUUUUGUUCUACGAUUUGUCUGUACUAUACAUAGAUUAAGAUUGUAUUAAUGUGUCGUAUAGCAGCUGCAGUACGUAAAGGGUAUAUUUCAGAAUCACUUGUGUACCUAUAGUUCCUAUUUUCCGUUUUAUCGAAGUUUCAGACGGACGAAUUGACCACUUCGCGUGUGAGAUGAUCGGUCUGUCUAUUGCGGUAUCGUGAGCCGACGUAAUGGAAGGAAAGGUAGAUGUAUGUGCGAGUGUUGUGGUGUAAAUAAUGUGGCACAAGAUGAAUCCAUUCGCAUGUUCAUUAUGUGAAUUACGCCGAACCGAUCCUCGUAAACCAUUUGGUUAUUUUUGUAUCCUGAAAGUUUGUGUUUAAAUGAAGGAAUGUUAUCAACUUCCAAAAGAGACAGGCAGAAGGAAAAAGAAGGUCAAAGCCAGCACUGUAGAAAUGCGAAACCCCUGCUGAAUAAGAAAUUCUACUUGGAUUUAAAAAAUCAUAUUACUUCAAGUAACCUAGAACAGAAAUUGAAGUCACUAGGAGCAACAGUUGAGUGGUUUCUGGUGAAGGAAGUGAACUAUGUGGUGACAGACCGGCCAGUUCGGACAUCUGCAGGCAUAGCUGCUAGCAGCGGCUCUCUCAGUGGCAGCACGCCAAAAUGUGGUGCUGUCCCGCCAUCAUCCUUGACUCCUCUUGGUGGACAGGGUUCCAAUGAGUCUCCAGCCACACUUGACUCACCAGGAGACGGGCUGAGUGGGGGGAGGAGGAGAUCUAAGACUCGAGCAGAGGCAAUGCUGGAGAGAGCCAAACUGCAGCCGCAACAGUCCACAGUUGAUCCACUAGAUAACGCUGCUCGCUGGAGUAUUCCCAUCUGGCCUCUUGAGAAAGUUAUCACAUGGCUGGAUAAAAUUUAUGAGAAAUAUCUCAAAAGGUCAUCAUCCUGUGAUAAAAUAAAAUCAUCUUCCACUGAAUUAAGGGCCCCUUUUAUCAAAUUAGAAAGUAUUAGCAGGAAUUCCAAGCCCUUAUAUAAGGAACUGUCAGCAUGGCCAACUGCUAACUUUGACUUUGAAGCAGGAGGUUGUCCAUUCGCUACGCCUAAAGUGUUGGCGAAGAAGGUGCAGCAUACAGCAAAACAAUCAAAGGAGGGAAAUGAAGCAAAAGAUGCGGCACAUUCAACAAAACAUCCAUUGGACACCCCGAGAAUGACUCGGAAGGCUCAUGGUCGUUUUCACCGAGGGAAUGAUACUGCAGUGGCAAUACAGAAUUCUACCGUUGUGUCAGGCUACUGUGAAAUAUGUCAGUUAACCUUUGUAGAUCAGAAGAGACAUCUUCAGAGUGAUCGCCACACACAGUUUAUAGGGAACAAAGAUAACUUCAUCUCAUUGGAUCAGCUCAUCAGUCGAGGGCCGACGAUGGAAACUUUCCUUAAGCUUAAUGGAGCAAAUCAAAUAAGCCCGUGCCCAGGAGAGUUGAGUGCCCAUAGUCGUCGUUCUUUGCGCAGCGUGGUGAAGCUGCAUACAUUUUCUUUUGAUACAUCAACCUCCAUUUCCUCCCCAACUCUGUGGAAAGAAAGUGAACAACCACUUUCUCCAACAUCAAGGAAGCCACCUCCAAUUUCCAACACAAAUGGACAUCAUGCCAUUCGCUCAUCGAGUGUAAAGCCAUCACUGGAAGAAAAAGAUAAAAUGUUGCUGCAACAGAAAGAGAGCUUGGAGGUACGUGUACAGUGCAACGGCAUCUGGAGCCAUUGCUAUGAUACUAGGCAUGGCGGAAUGAAGAGCCCUAUAUCUGGGAACAGUGUGCGACGUGAGCAGUGGGAAAUUCAAGGGGGAGGAGGCGGCAGGCCCCAGCGUGUGAGGCGAGCAUCAGCUUCAUUUUGCAGCAACUCCUCUCCUUCUCUUCAGCAGCAGCUGUCCCCAACAGGCAGUGACUCAGGUCACCACUUGCGCUCCCGUGGGCAACUCUGGCUUCCCAGCAAUCUGCUGGGAACAACUGCAGAAGAUGAGGGUAACCCUGCACGAACACGCCUUGGUCACACUUCUGCCGACCCGCAGCCUGCCCGAACCUCUCGAGAUAUCGCUCUGGCAAGUAAUGAAGACAAGGGCAAGACAGGUCCAGUUGUCAAGGAGGAGGUGAAACCUACGUUGUGCAGGAGUGGAAAUAGUCAGGUGAUUAGAAGGAAACGAUUAUCGGUGGAGGAGAAACUGAUUGAGGACAAUAAGGCAUAUUAUAAGUUAGAGUUAAAGAACAGUAAGCUGCGAUCAAGUGGGUAUUUCCCGAGCCAAAGAGAGAUUGAAAUGCCAUUCAAAACUGAAGUGAAAGAAGAGAAAGUGGAGCCAAGCCUUCUGCAGAAGAUAUCGAAUAGUGUAAAGUGUAACGGGGAACAGGGUCAAGAAGGAACUAAGGUGGAAGAAACAAAUUCUGUGAAGUUCCAGAGAGUUAGGAAAAGUGAACUUGCAUUACUGAGUGAUGAAGCAGAAAGUUUCAUGUUCGGUGAACCUGUACGGCGCAACAGCUCUACCGAAUUGUCUGAGGAAGAGGAGGAGGAAGAAGAAGAAGAAAGCAAAAGUAAGUUGAAUAAGAAUUUGAAGAAGGAAAGUGUGGUGGAGGAGUCCAGUGGAAAGCGAGUGUGUGACAGUAAAAAGAGUGUAAAAAUAAAGGAAGAUGAUGGUGUCACGCGAGAGCAUCCAAGCAUUGCAUCUCCUGUGGUACAGUCGAAGAUCGAUGGUGAAGAUGGGAAUUCAUGUAACAUGUUACAGUGCGAUGAAAGUUCAGUGUGCUCCAUGGACACCUGCAGCCUGGCCAGCAGUUGUGAUACAAGCAGUGCAGCUCGGCAAAGGAGGAAAAGGCGAACUCAUGCUGAAGCUUUCAUACAUGACAAUCUGGAUUAUUACAAGUUUGAGAUUCCUGGUUCCCGACUUCGUUUUCAAGGAAGCAUACUUCCCCCCACUGUGUCUCCUAUUGAAAAUAAGGCUACCUCUAACAGCAACAGGGACAAUACUGAAAGCAAGGAUGUGCCAGGUGCGCCAAACUGCUCGAAGACAGAUUCGGCUUCUAAGGGGGGGAAAGCCUUGUGUAAUGGUGCACACUCCAAAGUUGUGACAUGUAGCAAUGAAGUAACAAAUGAGAAAGAAAAAAUUGUUCAUAGUGAGGAAGAAUCGAAACAGAAGGCUGCUGGAGAAGAUGAAAGCAAGAUUGGAAAGAAACAGGAGGAGGAGGAGGAUGACAGGAAGAAGGAAGAACGGGAUGAACCAAACGUAAGAGAAGCUGUGGAAAAUGAGUUACCAGCAGCCAUGGAGAGACUUCAUUUCUCAUUUGAAGUUGUUCCACAAAGUGAACCCUGGUAUCAGACAUACACGCGGCAGGAUGAAGGGCAGGAAUUUUAUGCAUAUUCUUGUAUGAGUGACUCCUGUUACUGGAAACCGUUUCUGUUACCAUAUGAAAUGCCUUCAGCUGAAGGUCUUGCAUCUGGCAGCGGUUGUCCGGGAGGUGGAGCAGGACCUUGUGGUUUCAUAAGAAAAAGGCGUAAUAGGUUUGCUCACUUGGUGGACAAAAAGCCUAGGAAGUCUCCUAGAUGUCAUGCUUCAACUUUAGCAAUUCUCUCAAGUCUGAUGCAUCACAGAAGAAGAAAAGAACCAGGUAAACUCAAAGAAGGGACACAUAGAUCUGAAACAGCUGCUGUCAACUCUGCUGAAGAGGACAGUUCUAGCAGAGAUGCACCAGGUAUUACUGUAAGUGCACCCGAUGCAUCCCCUGCCACAUCUCCUGUGGCUGCUCUGUCACAGCCUGUGGCGGUGGAACCAGCAGUGAAUUCAGACUUCAAGUCAGAAUCCAGUGCAGACCUUCAUGAGACUGCAAGAAAUAUAGACAAGAUGCUCAGUUUGGGAAGUGAAGGAGAAGAAGUUAGUGGCAGUGACCUUGAUGCAAGUGGCGAUGAAUCAAAACUGGAGACGAAUAUGUCCCAAAAGCUUAUUGAUAAUAAGAAUCGUAAACCACAUUCUGUGAAGAAAAACGUUCAGCAUCAGAAUAGGAAGUGGCCUGCUUCUAAAGCAAAAAAGUUAGAUUUCCACUUGAUUAAACAGCAUGAAAUACUGGAGAUAGAUCCCACAGUGUUAGAUGAGCUGACUGUUGAGCAUUCGGUGGUAAACCCGCUUGAACACAAUGAACAUCGAUGUCGUGGUGGACCUAAAGUGGAUGUUGUGACUCUCCUAGAGGAGUUUUCCUCAUGUCAGUGCAUGGAAGAGCCUGCAGUAAUUAACAAGGACCCCACAGGAUGCCUGAGUAACUUAUCGCUUCUGGGUGAAUCAUCAUGCAACAGUUCAGAAUGUGGAGCUUCAUCAACGUGCGAGACCAUAACCUUCUCAGAUGGUCCUGACGGAAGGAUCAUGCGAAUACGUGGGAGGAAGAGGAAGCGAAAGAAAAACCUUACAGGAUGGCCAGCAGAUAAACAGAGAGGAAAGAGAAGACUAAUAAGUAAAUUAAAUAGGGUUGAUGAGAGUGUCGUGUCAAGUGAUGCAAGCGGGAAGUGUGUGAAUGUCUCAAAUAAAUUGUACUCAUCAGCUGAAGAAAAUAUUGCAACUGCAAGUGGAGUGAAUGAAGAUUGUGGUGGUAGAAUUGAGGAAGGCACAGUUGAGACCGUGGAGUGUUACAAUAAGUCUGACAGAAGGUCUGACAGACUAGAAGUGUAUAAGGAAGGUCAUGGAGGCAAAGUGGUUAAAAGUUCUGCCAGUGAACCUUCAGUUAUCCAGGAAAAGCGAGUGUCUGCUCUGUCAAGGACAGGCAGUUUGGAUUCAGGUGGUGGUCACAGUUUGUUGGAGUACCAGCCAUGUGUCAGGGUCACCAAGAUACCAGAUAUCGCUGGUGUUACGGUAGCCAGUUUGCCAGUGUCAUCCUCCUCAUCAUACUUGAUUGCUGGGAUUUCCAACAAUCGUCGACUACGAAGCUCUACCCUGUCUUCCUCACCCCCCAGUACUUCUCUUCCUGUUUCAAAAAAGGGUCUCUCACUGUCAAGUGACAUCUUGAAAAGGCCUAUUGCGUCAUUUCAAGCCAACAGAAGAGCAUCUCUACGCAAAAGUCUACCCCGUUCGGGCAUGCAUUGGAGCACCUGGUCUGACCGGAAGCGGAGGUGAUCGUGACAUGCCAUCCCCUGCAAAUCAUUCUUUGUGUUCAUUUUUUAAAAUAUUUCAUUAAAUUAUAUCUAUAAAUAUAGAACAUAAAGAGAGCGAACAAACAGGGCUGAAAUGAACUGAAUAGAGGAGGCAGAAGCCAUGCUGCUUUUAGGAAUAAAUACAUCUCAGUGUGCAUGUCUCAACGUAAAGUUUCGACAUUUUUAAAUGUCCACAUGCUGUUGUAUAAUGAUAAUUGGAAUUAUUAAUGAAUCAAUAUGAAUUGAGAUGUUCUAGAGUACAUCUUAAACAAAAUUGAUAGAGAUGUGGUAGGAGUUACUAUUCUUCAGUGAAAAGAGGUAUGAAGAGUUCUUUUUCUGGGAUGGAAUGCUGUGCUGUCCAUUGAAAGUCAACAUUUCAGAGAAAUAUUGUUGCAUAUUGCCUAUGUAAUGCGACAUAUAGAUUCACACAGGUCUUGGAUUUGGCGAAUAUGUUUAUUGAACACUCACUUUUACGCUAGCGAGUACAGUUAUUAUCACUUUCAGUAUCAAAUGCAAAUUGAACUGUUCUUGGCAACUUAUAGAACUCAACUGUCUGUCUGGUACAUUCAACCCCCUUAAAUAGGCCUUUUGCAGACUGCUUAUGGAACACAUUUCUCAACAGUUUGGUUUUCCCAUUGUCAUACAACGCUUCAAACAAUUUGUUGCAACCGUGGAAACUCAUUGUUAGAAUUCCAAUGCUGCAUUCCAUUCCGCUAUCUAGGAAAUGUUAUUCAUUGACCAGCAGUGAAUGCUGUAAUAUGCUCCGUAGUCCGGCUUUUGGGCAGCACAUCACAAUAUGUUGCCUCCAUGUCAAGCCAAACAAGAAACUACCCUGAAGACAGAGGUGACAAGUUCCAACAAAACAGUUGACUUUCAACGGACUACAAGAAAGAACUCUUCAUAACCACUGCUGUAAGAACCUCAUAGCCUACCGAAGUACGUUACAUACUGUUCAGAUCUUUGCUUUGCAGGCCAGUGAGAUAGGAAAAAUGUGAGGGAGAAAACAUGGAAGUGACAUGUUACUGAAAUGAAUUAGUAGCUUUUCGCGUAUCAGUGGAAGUUAAGGUAUAUCUUCUUCAAAAGCAUAUACUUGUUAGUUGCAGCUCCAUGUAAAACUGCUCAGUCUGUGCUUCACACGUCUAUGACAGUUUAUGCACAGACCAGCCACCAAAUGCCAUAGUAGCAGGAGAUUUAAAUUCCUUGUUCCUGGAUGAAAUAUACUAACCAUUUAAAGUCCAGUGGCCAUGGCCGCGACACAGCUCAAGUGGUAGUCGCUGGCUUCCCACUGUGGCGACCUGGGUUCGAUCGCUGGUCUGGUCAAGUUGGAUUUGUGGUGGACAAA